AUGGCACCGCCCAACACAUCCUCUUCCUCGGCCUCCUCCUCUGGCGCCUCGAUCAGCACGGGCACCUUGCCCUCUGGCGGUCCUCACACGCCUGUCCCCGUCAUCGACAGCAGCGAGGACGAGUGGCCGCUCCCUCCCGCCGCGAAGAAGAGGAAGGAGCCCACGGCAGGCCGACAAAGGCUGCCAAAAGAUCUGGCUCAGCAAAUCAUUAACCUCUUCAAAGACAAGAAGGGCCAGCUGUGCCUCACCGAGCUCGUGACUAUGCCGGGCGACGAGCGCUUCCCCACGUGGUGGCGUCCCGCCUACCGCAAAGCGCCCCUCGGACCCUGGUUCGAUGAGGUUCAGGCUUGGCAGAUCGAACAUGCGCGCCUUCACCUCAUGGGCCUGCACCGCAAGCUCUUGACGUCAGGGAUCGAGGUGGACAAGGCGGAAGAACAGUUCGACACCAUCUGGGCUCGCUACGGCAACGACGGCAAUUGGAAGAAGGUCAGGCAGUUCAUCUUGCCAGAGCGCUUUCAGCGCCUGAGCCGCACGGAGAUGCUCCACAUGGUCAAGCAGGAGCAGGUGAAGGCAAUUCUGCGGCUGGCAGAGCAGCGGUUGCCAGAGGCUUCAAUCAUCACGCAGCCCUCCUCCGCCAGCCGUUUCAUUCCAAACAAUCAUGCUCCUCGUCGAGACAACUCGCCAUUGCCUCUUCCUACCAACGCCGUCGGGUUUGCCAUCGACCCCGAGGAGCUCGAGCAGGACAGCAGCGACCCCGAGGAUGGCGAACGGCCCACCUCUAAUCUUUCCGUCGGCGAGAAGAGGAAGGGGGGCAAGCUGCUACCCAGAGACACGGGGAAGCAAGUGCUUGAGCUCUUUGCAGCCGCCAAGGAGGGCCGCGCGCGAGUCAUUGGCACCAUGCCGGGAGACCCAUCCUGUCCCGCAUGGUGGCGACCCGCUUCUCGGACGUGUGCUGGUAGCGAGUGCUUCAACAAGAUCUCUGGCCAACAGACGGAGCUCGCGCGCCUCCAUGUCAUGGCUCUGCAUCGGCGACUUGCCAAACAGAGCUCACGAGAUGGACAUGUGGCCGUGCGCGAGGAGUUCGAGACCAUCUGGCGCCGGUUCGGCAACAACCAGGUGUGGAAGGAGACCUGUGCGCCACGCCAGGGCUUUCUUGGGUCGCGACGCGCCCAUCGUGCCGGACGUGCGUCGAUCUGGGUGCUGAUAAAGCGAGGCUUGCCCGAGGCUGAUGCCCGCAAGGUCAAGGAGCGACUCGGAGAGCAAGCUGUCACCGAGUUCCUCGCUGGCUUUGGGCAGGGGGAGGUCGAACGCCCUCCUGUUUCGCCAUUCGCCCGCAGCUACGACGAAGCGAGGGGGCAGGGGCGACAGACGAUCAACCUCUCCGAAAUGGAGCAACAUCGUCGCGAGCUUCGGGCCUGGGUGGGGAGGGUAGGGGAGGAGAAGGUCGCCGCGGGGAGGCUCAGCCAAGAGCACUCCAAGGUGCAGCUCGGCUUCUCCAUCUCCAACAUGCUCAGGGAGAACGGGCCCCUUCGACGAGCACGCUGUGGCUGUCGUUGCGUUUGA